CGCGCACCCCUGCUCGGUGCCGCUCGCGGGCCGGCCAUGCUGCGGAAGCGCGGGGCGGCUGUGGGCCCCCGGCUCCUGCGGGCCGCCCUGGGCCUGGGCGCCCGGCUCGGGCCGGCGCGGGCGGCGUCGGGCGUGCGCGGGCAGGGCUGGUUGCAGCCGGCGGGCCACGACACGGGCGUCAAGGUGUACAACAGCCUCACCCGGAGGAAAGACCCCUUGAUCGUGGGCAGCGUGGACGCCGCCUCCUGGUAUAGCUGUGGACCAACUGUCUAUGAUCAUGCACACCUUGGCCAUGCUUGCUCGUACGUUAGAUUUGAUAUCAUCCGAAGGAUCCUUACCAGGGUUUUUGGAUGCAACAUCAUCAUGGUGAUGGGAAUCACAGAUGUGGACGAUAAAAUAAUCCACAGAGCCGCCGAGAUGAACGUGUCACCUGCCUCUCUCGCCAAUCUGUAUGAAGAGGAUUUUAAACAAGACAUGGCAGCCUUGAAGGUUCUCCCCGCGACUGUGUACUUGAGGGUAACUGAAAAUAUUCCUCAGAUCAUCUCUUUCAUCGAAGGAAUCAUAGCUAACGGGCACGCUUAUCCGACAGCACAAGGCAACGUCUACUUUGACCUGCAGUCGAGAGGAGACAAGUACGGCAAGCUGGUCAGGGUGGUCCCCGGUCCCGUCAGAGAGCCAGUUGAUUCCGACAAGCGGCACGCCAGCGACUUUGCCCUGUGGAAGGCAGCCAAACCCCAGGAGGUGUUUUGGGCCUCUCCUUGGGGAAAGGGAAGACCCGGCUGGCACAUCGAAUGUUCCACCAUCUCAAGUCUGGUGUUUGGAAGCCAGCUGGACAUCCACUCGGGCGGGGUCGAUCUGGCCUUUCCGCAUCACGAGAAUGAAAUCGCCCAGUGUGAGGCUUUCCAUCAGUGCAGGCAGUGGGGAAAUUAUUUUCUGCAUUCUGGGCAUUUGCACGUGAAAGGCGAAGAAGAAAAAAUGUCCAAAUCACUGAAAAACUACAUUACCAUUAAGGACUUUCUGAAGAUGUUUUCCCCUGAUGUCUUCCGGCUCUUCUGCAUGCGGAGCAGCUACAGGUCAGCCAUCGACUACAGUGACGGCACCAUGCUCGAGGCCAAGCACCUCCUCCUGACAGCGGCCGCGUUUGUGGAGGACGCCCGGGCCUACAUGAAGGGGCAGCUGGUAUGCGGCCCCAUCAGGGACGAUGUGCUGUGGGAGAGGCUCCGCCAUGCCCAGCAGGCCGUGAAGGCCGCCCUGGCGGACGACUUCGACACGCCCGCGGCGGUGGACGCCGUCAUGGACCUCAUCCACCACGGGAACAGACAGCUGACGGCGCCCGCUGAGGAACCCGGCGGUCCCAGGAGUCCUGCCGUGUUUGGCUCCAUCGUGUCCUACGUCGAACAGUUCUUCGAGACCGUCGGGAUUUCUCUGGCGGACAGACAGUCUGUUUCAGGGGACGGCAGCCGGGCCACUCUGCACAGCGUGGUGGAACAGCUGGUCCAGUUCCGGCUGCAGGUCCGGCAGUUCGCCCUGGCCACAGGAGCGGCCACCAGGGAGGGCCGACGGCAGCAGCUGCUGGACACACAGCCCCUGCUGGAGGCGUGUGACGCUCUGCGCCGGGACCUCGUCGCCCACGGCAUCAGCAUCAAGGACAGGAGCAGCACAUCCACGUGGGAGCUGCUGGAUCAGAGGACAGGAGGCCCCAGACCGGGGAGCUGACGGCCCCCAGCACCAUCCUGUGCUUACAGGAAAGUUUCCCGUUGUGGCUGCUCAGUCACCAUUAAAGUCAAUCCAACCGAUACCAUGCGCCUGAGAAGUGGAUUCUUCACGGGCCAACACUGGUCCUGAUGCUGGCCCCUGGGCCCCGGGCUGCCGUCACGGGAGGACCGUGAGCCCUGGGCGGAGGAUGUAAGUCCUACAGGGGGUCCGGGGCAGUGCCGAACUAGGGACGAGGACCCCAAGCAGGGCAGCCCUCCCCCACAGAGGGGAGGUGGUCUUCCUACAUUUAUUUCUGUUACAAAAGUAAUGUGUCCACCAUAGAAAACCACCGUGUGGUGGACGCACCAGUGAGAGCAAGACCCAGGUGUGAGCACAGACUACAGAGCAGGGGGCAGAACUGGUGCCCACACCGCGCAGCCCACACCCGCUCUCCGUCCCCGGCCAGGCUGCCCUAGGUCCGGCACUGUCGGCGGGCACGCCCUGCGGGCGCAGCGGCCGGGUGCACGCUGGGCACGCUCCCCAGCCGCAUCCCGUGGUCACCCACCUUCAGGACCCCAAAAGGCACUGGUGUCCCAGUCUACAGGCAAGGAAACCCGCUCAGAAAUGGACCUGCCGACAGUGACCCAGCUCGCGCAAAGAUCCCACCUGGCAGGUAGGCCCUUGAUGAGGACACCCAAACCGGGUCCCUUCAGUACAGGGGGAUUACUGUCCCCUGAUGGCCAGAUGCCGAACCUGGCCACCCCAGCGUACUUCCGUGUUCUGUGAUCUUGGUCUCAGGGUAAAAGCAUGUCCUUAGCUGGAGCUAGUGGGUCCAUACGGGUUACUGUUAAAUCUGCCACUGGCUACUUGAAUGUACUCCUCAUUCCCAUUUGAGAGGAUCUGUACUCAGAUCGAAAACAUAAAAAUAGUUCUGUGACUCCUGAAUUUUACCUUCUGUGGACCGAAAGGACCACGACUACAUUGUAACAAGGUGGGUAGGCACUGGUGAGAACUGUAACUGACAAACAGGCUGUUACUUGUUUAUCUUGCUGCUGACAGGAAAGCUGAAAGGUGGGUUUGGGCUCUGUAAGAAAAAAAUAGAAAACUCCACACUGAAAUAAACCAGAUUUGCCUUUUAAUGGUUACCAGGAUUUAGAUGUAAUUUCCCAAAAGAAAAAACAGUGACGCUUCUCAAUUACAUAUGAAACAAGAGAGCAAACAUUUUAAGAAAUCUGGUUUUAAAGUAGGAUCAGGUGGGGGCGGGGGGUCUGAAUCACGGAGCAUCAGCCAAGAGGGACAUAAAGGAUCCACACGGGUCCGGUCCUUUUAGAAAGCAUCGUGAAACCUACAGAAGUACUCACAGGUGCAGGAACCAACCCUAGGGAGAAAGACACCGGAGAAGCAGCUCUCUGGCCGCAGAGAAAACCAUCCACCCAAAGCACCAUGCAGAAGCCAAACCAGAGGCUAACAGGGCAUCUCGCAGACAGAACUUCUUUAACGGAAUCUAUUCCUGAGGACACACCCGCUUUCAAUGACGAUGUUCAGUCCCCCCACCCGGGUGCCCUCCAAAUGUCCAGCUUUGUCUGCCUCCUCCCGAGAGCACACGGAUGCGCCACAUCCCAAACGAGGGCUCCGCGACUCCCCUGGGCGUGCUUCCUGCCACCACGGACUUGGGUGUGUGCAUGAGGAGGAGGAGAGGGCAGAGCCGCGGGUAUCCCAGAGCCCCCCCCCACCCGCGUGCUCUGGGCUCAUCCUCCAAAAAACCAAUCACUGAUUGUUCUGAAAUAUUUCAGUUAAGCACAACCACCAAUGCUUACUAUUUCUGCCCAAUUUCAACCUAAUCAGUGUUCAAAAUAGCUAUAAGAGGCUUUUUAAACAGGAUUGACGGGAUCCCUGUGAGGGGAAGCACAUGGGUAGGGAGGAGGAGAGGGACGAACGAGCCCAGAGGGCCUGUGAUCCUGGAGCGCACAAAGCUCAGCGGCUCGUUUCCUGCUGAGCAGCUAAGAAAAGUUCAGGGAUAUUUGGUAUGGUGUCACUGUAACAUCUCCAGGUCCACAUGUAGCCCAAAACCCACCCAUAGACCACACUGCUCUGCUACCCCAAGGACUGGGACACAGCAUGUGGGUUCCUAGACAAACGCAGCCUCCCCGUCCGCGUCCUGCUCGCUUCCCGGUGCCUCGGCUCAGGUUUCAAAGAGUCUGUGGAAAGCAGGCCCGACCUCCGCGAUCAUGUCAGUGGUGGUGGUGGAGCGGCCGUGCUUCUGGAAGGCCUGGUGGCUGCACUGCCUCGUGAGAGAGCACGCGCCCAUGGCAGCCAGGAGGAGAGGGCUGGACCUGGAGGGGGAUGAGCGUCAGAUGGCAGGCCCCCCCACUGGUUGAGGUUUAUAGUGAUCUGCAGCCCCAGAGAGGAGUACCGAAGACCUGAGAGCGUGGGUUCCCGCCACCCUCACCAGAUGCGCACGGGGCUCUGUUUCCACGUGUACACACGCCGGGCAGGUGCUCCCUGCCUCCCGGUGUGCCACCACCCCAUGGCCUCGCAUGGCUUCACAGGUGGGGGGGGGGGGCUCCAGACCAAGGACACCCCGCCCCAGCGCAGGUGGCCACCACUGUCCCACGAUAGGUGUAGAAGACAGGAGCCCACAGAGCAAGAGCACCCCUGCCCUGGGAUCGCUUCCACGGGACACCGAUGUUUCACGAGGCUACGUGUUAAACGUAUGGGCAACCUGAAUGGCUCACGUGGUUCAAAACUCUCGGGCAGGGGGCGGGGGGGGCGGCAAGCGAAGAUGUCACGUACCCGUUUGUCUUCUCGGGUCCGGCGAGCAGCGCCCAGUGCACCAGGACGCCCAGGGCGCCCGACAGCAGGUCUCCCUGGCCACCACACCUGCGGCUGCUGCCCUCCUGCGCACACUCGAGCACUGCGGGGCAAGAGGGGCACAGCCGUCGGACGAGCUCGCCUGUGCCCGACAGUACCCAGGCGGCCCGGUUUACAGGAGAGCAGGCCCAGCCCGGCCCAGAAGCACCUGCCUGUGCAGCGCAAGCGGUGAGCAGACCAGUCCCACUCGGGCCCGCCGGAGCAGAUGGGGAGAGGCGCGCAGGUACCCGGGGUCCUCGGGCCGCAGGCCCCUGGAGCCUGGGCUGCCCACAGCUCCUCGGGAACACGCGCCAUCUUCAAGGAGGUGCAUGCCCUGCGCAGACCCAGCCGGCGGCCGCUCAUCCUUCUAUGCCAUGUAACCAGCAGCCACUUCGGGAAGCGUGGGGUCAUAUCCCCUCAAUGUGUCAGAGUCUAGAGCACUUUCCAACAACAUGAACCCCAAAGGUUUCCGGGUCGCUCAGAGAGCACUCCCUCGGUGUCUCCUGUCGUCCAGGGGGUGCGUGCGAGCGAGCCUCCCGCUCCCCGGUCAGCGGGCCUACAGCACAACAGCAAUUCUGUAUGACGUCCUAUCACGACAAGUGCGCUCCCUGCCUCCUGCUCAGACUACAUGAGGAGAGGGCCUGGCUGCGGGGCACUAGGGAGGCUCGACACCUCACGGUCACGGACACCCACCCUAAGCCCCCCCUGCUGUUCCCACUGGACAGCAGGCAGGCCUUGGGGAGAGCACGAGGCGGAAGCUGCCACGCAUCCAGCGCCUGGCAACCCCUCCACCCGCAGCAGCUCCCAGCUCCCUCAUUUCCAGCCCUUCUUAAAGCAGAACAAGAUGCAUGGAGUAUUCUGGUAACUGCCUCUCCGGCACUGGCAGGCGGGCCGGGAGCCCUGGAGCGCCACCUGCCAGUAGGACCGCAAGCCUGCCACACGGCUUCCUCCAGAUGGCGACAGAACUAGCCGCCGCACCGGACAUCAACAAGGAUGAACGCUCGGCGUGCUCCCCGCCCUUUGCAAAACUGAGAAGUAAAACCAAGCUCAUCGGGAAGCCCCCGUGUGUGGAACAUGGGUGACACAAAGGACCGCGUGUGCCGUGACUGUGGUCUUCCAGGGGCUGGUGUCCAGCGCCACCACACUGAGUGACAUGCAUGAAGCCCACGGCUACCCACCCUGUUCACCGUCCGAGAUCACGUCCCGCUCCCCUUUCCGGACCACGGUGACAUUCCCCAAGGCCUGACUGAGUCUCUGCACAGCUUCUCGAUUGCUGCCGUCCCCAGGGUCUCUCAGCUGCAAGGUGGGACAGCACAGACCAGGCCGUUGUCAGACACAUGAAAGGAGCCCACCAUCACGGGUACGUCCUGCCUGUCUACCCUGACUCUUAGACACACGCACACGCACAUACACACACACACUCUCCGCUGAGAACCCCAGCCCCACACAUGGAAAGGCACAACGCAUCCACUAGGGCGAUGUAGGCCCAGAAGAGCUGGACAGCAAAGUCCUGGGGCGGAUGCGCAAACACCGCUCACGUACCCUCCCCCUACCUUUGGGUCACAGUUAGGGAACCCUGCCCAAGGCUGGAGUUUCACAGGUUUGCAGAGGUGACAACUCUGAAGAAUCACGCACUAACAUCUAUGGGACGCUUACUACGUAAGAACUCGGGGGUUUACAUUCAUCAUCUCGUUUCGUCCUCAGACCCUACAAAGUGAUGGCUCUCAGGACCCACAGUUCACAGGCGAGGCAACGCAGGACAGGGACGGAGUGCUCUACCCAGAGCCCAGCACCCUGCCUCUCCCCCAGUCAGAAAUGUACGAGGGAGAAGAUCCCCGUCAUUCCAUGCACCACCGAGAAAGAAGAGCACUGUUAGCAUGUGGGAAACAUGCAUCUCCUCGCUGGCCAUCUGCAAGUCCGCCUCUGCAGGGACAGCUGAGGAAGAAGCAGAGCCAUCUCUCACCCCUCCUCAGAAUGGGGAGGGCUUACGCCCCAUCUUUUGGGUGGUCAGCAAACUCACCACAGCUUCAGAGAGUCUGUUGAAUUCCACGUGGUUGGGAGUGAGAACGGCCUUCCGGUAGCCCUGGAGGAGGGCUGGGUGCCGAGCGAUCAGCCACAGCCCGUCCUACAGACAAGGACAGGUACAUAGAGCACAGCCUUAGGGGCCUGGCUGGGAGAAGGGGCAGGAGAGGAGUCACACUCACUGCAUCGAUGACGACGGGGAUGUCCCUGGCCUUGGCUGCUUCUAAAAUGCCCUGCAAGGAAAGAAAGAUAUGCUGAGCAACAAGGCCAUCACCCCUCAGUGGAAUUAAAAGACCAAGCAAGCAGUACCCUGAUGAACUGCAACAUCAGGUCAUCAACAAACACACAGGAAAUGAUAAAUGCAUGCAAUAAGCAGAAAAAGACCCAAAUGAACAGACAGCAGCCCCCCUGUAAGGCAGGGGCCCUGGGAACUCUGGAAAGAGGGUCCAUGGGAAGCCCAGUACACAGCGCUGGGCCAGGCGAGCCCAUGGAGGCUGACCCCAAGCUAGAGGCUCCAAGGGUCCCCCCAACAUUAAUCCUCAGGGUUCCCAGAUGGAAAAUCUGAAGUCGGCAGAAUUCUCCCAAAUCGCGAGUUUUUAUGCAUUCUAACACUCGGUU